AUGACCGGCGAUGGUGGUAUGGAUUUGUUCGGGCACGCACUGAUGAAUACUCGCUGGGAGGAGAUGAAAGGUACCAAGAGGGUGCAAUUUGUCAGGAACUUGAUUAGGGAGGUUGCUGGAUUCGCUCCCUAUGAGAAACGUAUCACUGAGCUUCUUAAGGUUGGAAAGGACAAGCGUGCACUCAAGGUCGCCAAGAGAAAGCUUGGUACUCACAAGAGAGCAAAGAAGAAGAGAGAGGAGAUGUCAAGUGUCCUUAGGAAGAUGAGGUCUGCUGGUGGUGGUGGUGCUGGUGACAAGAAGAAAUAGAGAUGGG